CGUGUGACGUAGAGCUGUGGCUCUGGCUGUUUAUUGUUCCUUCCCCAGCACCGACAGAGAAAAACAGGCUAACAGGCUGUCAGCUACCUUUUUCACACGGUUCACAGUCUGUUUAACGCAGGUGUAACGGUCAAGACAGCUGACUGCACAAACCAGGGCCAUGGCGUACGCAUACCUCUUCAAAUACAUCAUCAUCGGAGACACGGGAGUGGGGAAAUCAUGUCUAUUACUACAGUUCACAGACAAGAGGUUUCAGCCAGUUCACGACCUCACCAUCGGUGUGGAGUUUGGAGCAAGGAUGAUCACUAUAGAUGGCAAACAGAUCAAACUGCAGAUCUGGGAUACGGCUGGUCAGGAGUCGUUCCGGUCCAUCACCCGGUCUUACUACAGAGGAGCUGCAGGAGCACUGCUAGUCUAUGACAUCACAAGAAGGGACACCUUCAACCACUUGACGACCUGGUUAGAGGACGCUCGCCAACAUUCCAACUCCAAUAUGGUCAUCAUGCUUAUUGGCAACAAGAGUGACUUGGAAUCGAGGAGAGAGGUGAAGAAAGAGGAAGGUGAAGCAUUUGCGAGAGAACAUGGCCUCAUAUUCAUGGAGACUUCAGCCAAGACUGCCUCUAAUGUAGAGGAGGCUUUCAUCAACACAGCCAAGGAGAUCUAUGAGAAGAUCCAGGAGGGAGUGUUUGAUAUCAACAAUGAGGCUAAUGGUAUUAAGAUUGGACCCCAGCAUCCUACCCCCAGCUCCACACUGUCCGGUAGCCAGGGAGGCCAACAGGCUGGAGGGGGCUGCUGCUGAAGCUCCUGAACACACCACCACCUCCUCCUCCUCCCCUGACCGUGACCCCCCCCCUCCUCCCUCCUCUUCCCCCUCCACCUUUUUGCCCUCUCCAACCCUCCCUCUCGUUUCUACAGAACUGUCCAGGCUCACUAACAGUUUGUUAACCUCUCUCUCUCUCUACUGCUCCAUUCUUUCAUCCAUCCAUCCUUCUUUCAUCCUCUCUGUAUCUUCUUCUUCUCUCUGUCUGUCUCUUAGUUUUGUCCCUCCUUUGUCUCUCGACCAUAAAUUUAAGGGUCAAGGGGUUGUGUCCCUUUAAGUCAGCGUGAUAUCUACAGUCUUAACGGGGACAGAGUCAGCUUCACCUUCAGAUUUAUCCACCGUAUUCUCAAGUUUUGCACUUUUUUUUUUUUUUCUCACUAGAUUUUAAUCAUUUUAUUCAUAAAAAUGCUGGAAUGUGCAGAGUUACAUUCCAGCAGUUUAAUUUCCACAUCCCUUAUCAUUCAUUCAUGAGGCUGUUGGGAUAUUUCAGCGCCUCCAAGUCAUUAAAAACGAUAUUUUUGUAAAUGGUGAGUUGACUUUGUCCAGAGAGGCAGAACUGACUGUACGGAAUAAACCAUGCGCUAUGUUGUGUCUAUAUACACACAUCAGUUCAUGUUUUUAAAGAAAAUGAUGCAGCACGUUGACAGCAGGACAUGUUUCUACACGUCGAGUGAGUUUACAUACUGUGCCUGUGUGCAUACGGAUGAUAUAGGUAUUCCAGCAUGUCAGUUUUGUACGCUGUAGGAGGCAUUCAAGUCAGUUAAUCAACCAACAAUGUGCGUAUGAUGCUAUUUUGUGCUUCCUUUCCCUGUUUUUUGUCACAUUAUUAUGUUCUAUCUCUGUCUGACUUGCAGAUGUUUUGUAUUUAAUGAACACUAUAAACUGGUUGUGGCUUACAAAGUGUUUUAAAAUGUCUGGGGAGAGAAUAAAAGACCAAACUGUUGAGUGUGAAAAUGGAUCCUUUUGGGACUGCAGGAAGAAAAAAAAAAAAGAAGCGUAAAGUGGAAACGUUAGGGGAUGUUGAGAGCAGCGGCUGCCAAUAUGAAGUUAAACAGAGGACAGUAGAUUUGGAAAAAAAAAAAUCAAUCUUUUUUUUGAUAACUGUAUUUAUCGGGUGCGUUUCUGUGUAUAUAUGGCUCUUUAAUUUUCUGUAGCUUAUUGUUAUUUCUUUUUUUUUUUUUUUUUUUUUUUUUUGGCUGUUAAAGGUGAGGCUUGGCUUGUUGUAGUCUUGUCAUUCCCUCAUCAGAGCUGGAAAAAAAAGGCCUUUCAAACAGCUUUUUAGCAUUUUUAACAAAACUCAUUUAAACCCAAAGGUACCCAGCGGCCCCUGCUACUUUCGGGUUGGUGGUGCCCUUUCUUUUAAAUGACAAGUAUGAAUGAUAACAGGCUGUUAACAGGACCACGUAGAGGCAUUGAGUCCCUGGUGAAGGACAGACUCCGGCUGAAAAUGUCAAGGCGUCUCCCUUCUAAGCCCAGAUUUCCACCAUGAAUUAGCAGGCAGAUAUAUAAUGUAUACUGUUUAGAGCUUGAUCGAUGACUGCUGCUUUGUUUUUUGCUUCGAGAUCCCCUGAUGUAACCGGCACCAUUUUACUGUUAUGAUCAUAUUUUGAGUUACUUAUCGUUCCAUCCCUCCCUCCUGCCCUCCCUCCUUCUCGUCUCAUCCCUCUGAUUCGCUCUCUCUUCCUCUCAGACCAUCAAACCAUUAGCGCUCUACCAACUUUUAAUGCCAAAUUAUUGUGUUUACCUGUGUUUUGUCAGAAACUGGAGGGAAAAACAAAAAAAAAAAAA